AUGAUUUCGUUACGAAAAGGAACAUGGACAAAUAAUGAACAAAUUCGGUUCAAUGGACUAAUUAAUAAAUAUGGACGUAAUUGGAUAAAAAUCGCAAGCGAACUUGGAAGGUGCGCUCCCGAUUGUAGAAAACGGUAA